AUGUACUCCCAACAGCGCCCGCUAUCCUACGCCCCGACGCCUUACAGCUACACCCCGAACCCCGCACGCUCGGCCUCGAUCAACCUAGAUGAAGAGGUCAAACUGACUUCCAGCGCCGCGGAGCGUGACCUAUACGAGUCACUGGCCGAGAUCUACAGCAUCAUCGUCACACUGGAUGGACUCGAGAAGGCAUACAUCAAAGACGUGGUGACGGAGGCAGAGUACACCGAGACGUGCACACGCCUGUUAAAACAAUACAAAUCCAGUCUGGGUGACGAGUCUGUGGCCCGGGAGUUUGGGGAUCUGGAAACCUUCAAGCGAACGUGGGGGUUGGAAUGUCCCCGAGCAACAGAACGCCUCCGCAUCGGCCUCCCUGCAACAGUCGAGCAAGCCUCCCACAGCGCCGCCGUGCCCAGCGGCAGUACAGCUGCCGGACCCGGCGCCGGUGCCUCGGGCAGUCUCAUUCUCGCAGCGACCGAGAACUUCAUCACCUUCCUCGAUGCGCUGAAGCUGAACAUGGUGUCGAAGGAUGCGCUGCAUCCGUUGCUGUCGGAGGUGAUCCAGUCGGUGAAUAAAGUGACAGACGGGGAGUUUGAGAAUCGCGGGAAGAUUAUUCAGUGGCUUAUUGCGCUGAAUCAGAUGCGGGCGACGGAGGAGUUGAGUGAGGAGCAGGCGCGGGAACUGUCUUUUGAUAUCGAGCAGGCGUAUCAGGGCUUCAAGGCGACAUUGAACUAA